AUGGUGUACAUAGCUGCUGUUUACGGAAAAUGGGAGAAGAGAGAGCAAGGGACUUGGUUCUUUGUAGUGGAUGAUGACAAGGGAGGUCGACUGUUCUCCUUGAGAGAUGGUUGUACACAUGGCGAGCUUGUUGAAAUGGCAAAAGAUGAAUAUGGGGUUGAUACGAAUUCUGAGCUUAUGGAGGUUUCGUACCCACUUCCACCUGAUAUGCUCCAGGGGGUGCCUAUGGAUUCUCCUCCUACGUUUGUAACGACUGAUAGGCAAGUUCAAGUCUUGGCAAACGAAUACGAUGAUGCAGACGAUGAACCCGUAGAUGAACCAAGACCAACAACCGAUUGGACCAAUGGUGAGAUUGAUGAAGCAGAAGCUGAUUAUAGUGAGUAUGGCAGAGUCCCAGACGAAGAUGUGCGCGAGAAAAAGGUUCCGCUUGAUGAUAUCCGGCUCAAAGGACGCUGCUAUAAUGAAGGAGGACAUUUUGAUAAGUAUAGGGACGCCGUUAUCAAGGUUGGACAGCGUUUUGCAAGCAAGGAUGAACUUCUAAAUAUGUGUCGAUUGAUGGCUGUAGUGCACAGAUUCUCGUUUCGUGUCUUCAAGUCCUCACCAGCUCUCUUUGUUGCCACUUGCAACGUAAACGGAUACCGAGUAGCGAACCGGAAAAGCUGCACACCAAAAUAUAUCGGCGCCUUAUUCAUAGAGAGGGUUGGGAUUAUCGAGGGAAUUGUGCCUGAACACAUCGUCAUAUCCAUGAAAGUGAUGUUCGGCUUGAAGCUGAACUAUACGACAGCAUACAGGUCUUUGAGAGCUGCUCAUGAAUACGUCAGAGGGACACCUGAAGACGGGUAUGCGAACUUGGCUUCAUACUUGCAUAGAACGAAGGAAGCAAACCCUGGAACUAUUACCGACCUUGUCCGGGAUAAACUUGAUCGCUUCAAGUACUGCUUUAUAUCUUUUAGAGCUUGCAUGGUUGGUUUUCAGUACUGCAGGCGAGUGGUUAUUGUUGAUGGGACUCAUCUGACGGGGAAGUAUGGUGGUACACUUCUUGUCGCAGCCGGGCAGAUGGGUUGCUUCACUCAGGACUUCCCACUUGUCAUUGUCUCUGACAGACACCCAGCUAUCGCAAACGCAAUUGAAACUGUCUUCCCAUGGGCAACAAGAGGGAUUUGCUAUUACCAUAUGCAGAAUAACAUCAUCGGAACUUACCAUGCAAAGGAUAUCAUGUAUAUGGUGAAAGGUGCGGCAUAUGCGCACAACCUUGAUACAUACAACUGGGAAAGAUUCAACAUAAAGACUAGCAAUAUAGCGGAGUCAAUCAACUCUGCUGUCAAGAAAGCGAAGGAAUAUCCAUUACCUUCUCUCUUAGAGUUUAUCAGAGAAAAGCUGAGCCACUGGUUCAUGAAGAGGCGUGAAAAUGCUCUAACUCUCACCACACUCCACAGCAAAGGAGUUGAGUACUUGUUGGCCGUUGAUGUAUUCGGAGCUUAUGGCGAAGAGGGACCGGAGGUGAUGAUCGGAGAUGGACCAGAAGGAGAUCGGAUUGAUACAAAAAUCCUACUUAUCAACUUGGCGCCGUUGCUUGAAGCCCUCACAAGCAGAAUCCAUCAGCUUGAACACAAAGGCGGAACAGCUUCCUCAUCCAGAACGCAAGGUCAACUUCCGGAGGAACCACCAGUUCAAGAGAAAGAGAAAGCACCAGAGGAAGUGCAAAAGAAGAAGAAAGCCCCAGCUUUCGUUCCUCCUCCUUACAAACCGCAACUUCCCUUUCCUGUUCGAUUCAAGAAACAACAGCUUGAGAAAGCUAGAGCCCUGUUUGAUAAGCAAAUAAAGGAGAUUGAUAUUACAAUGCCCUUCUUGGACGCAUGUAUGCUCAUCCCUCCCUAUCAGAAAUUUCUCAAGGACGCUGUAACCGAGAGAAGAAAAGAGGUUCAGGGCAUGGUCGUUCUUUCUCAGGAAUGUAGUGCAAUCAUCACUAGGAAAGUGGUUGGGAAGAAGUUUGAAGAUCCGGCAGUUUCACUCUUCCUUGUUCUAUUGGUCCUCUGGCAUUCAACCGAAGCUUGUGUGAUCUUGGAGCAGGCGUAUCUGUAA